AUGGGCUCCAAAAAGAAGAGGAAGUCGGCGGUGGCCGCCGAGGAGUCCCCAGCCAAGCGUGCCAACUCCCAGCAGGGCCGCCGGAGUGGCGGCACCAGUGGCAGCGGCACGUCACCCCUGGUCUGGUCUGCUGAGGGCGGGACGGUCACCCUGCCUGCGGGCCAGGCGCUGCUGCUGGUGGGGCGGGCCAGCCUGGAGGUGCAGAGCGGCGAGGUGGCCACCUUUGGCUGCACCUUCACCGCCGCCAGCGGCUGCGUGGAGGUGUGCGCGGAUGAGCGAUGCGGCGGGGCGCUGGUGCUGGAGCCAGGGGCAUCGCUGGGCACGGUGCCUCUCGCUGCCAGCAGCACCGCCGUGUUCACGCUGGGCAGAGCCCCAGGGAAAAGCAGCCCUGGGGUGGGUCCACCUGGGACGCCGCUCACAAGGCAGUCCACCCAGCAGCAGCAGCAGCAGCAGGCGCAGCACCGGGAUGGCGACGCUGCAGAGGCCAGCACCGCCGGUGUCCACCUAGGCUUUGAAGCCUGGCUGGCCAGCGACCCUAGCGCGCCAGUGGCAGGGGUGGCACCCCUUCCGCCGCUGUGGCAGCAGGCGGCGGGUGAGGUGGAGGACAGCAUGGCACAGCAGGCGCAGCAGGGCGGUGGCCCGCCGCUCAUCGUCGUCUGCGGCGCCAAAAAGGUCGGCAAGUCCACCUUUGCUCGCUUCCUGGUCAACUCCCUGCUCGGCAAGCAUGCCUGCGUGGCUUACUUGGACACAGACUGCGGGCAGCCCGAGUUCACGGCUCCCGGCCUUGUGUCGCUCAGCCUGGUGCGGCAGCCGGUGCUAGGCCCGCCACACAUGCACCAGCGGCGCCCGGUCGCAGCCUUCUUCGCCGGGGACACCUCCCCUGCCAGCGACCCCGUGCGGUACCUGCAGUACAUUCAGGAACUGUACAGAUGGUACUGCCAGCACGCAGCAGCAGCGGCGGUGGCAGGCCAGCCGGCGCAGCAGCACCGGCUGCCGCCGCUGGUUGUCAACACGCACGGCUGGGUGAAGGGCAUGGGGUUUGAUGUGCUGGUUGAGCUGCUGCAGAGCCUGCCAGUCAGCCACCUGGUGCAGAUUGCUGCGGCCAACCCCAAGAAGAACCUGCCCCCCGGCACCUUCUGGCUGAAUGGCGCCCCGCAGCAGCAGGCGCAGCUGCAGCCUGCUCAGUGGUUGCUGCCGGGGCUGGGAGGGGACCUGGCAGCAGCACAGCCGGCGGUGUCGGAGACGUCUGCCAGGAGCGCCGCGACCUUGGGCCCGGCAGCAUCGGAUGCCACGCUGGCUGGCGGCGGCGGCGGCAAGGGGCGGCUGAAUGCGGUAGAGCAGCGUGCGCUGCAGUGGGAGGCACUGGCGCAGCAGUGCAUAGAGCAGUGCGGGCUGGACGCGGCAGCCACGGCUGCGAACGGCAGCAAAGCGAGAGCGCCGGUGGCCGGCAGCCUGGGCCUGGCGGGCGAGCUGGGCGACUGCCUGGCGGCGGCGGUGCCGUUUGAGGUCGAUGCCGACGGCCUGGAAGUGCUCCACUCCAGCGUGCCAGCCAGCCAGCUGUACUGCGCCCUCAAUGGGGCAGUGGUGGGCCUGUGCAGCGCGGCGCCCCAGCAGGCGGCCCGCCCAGCGGCUGGCGCGCCGCCGCCGCCGCUGCCGUGCCUGGGGCUGGGCAUCGUGCGUGCGGCGGAUGCCAGGCGGCGGCGGCUGCUCAUCCUGACGGCAGUGCCGGAGGCAGAGCUUGAUAGCGUGGCGGUGCUGCAGCUGGGCAGGCUGGAGCUUCCGGCCAGCCUGCUGCAGACGGGCGCCCACUUGUCUCCCUACCUCUGCCUGCACAGCCUGAGCAGCAUGGGCACGGGGGCGGGCGCCAUCAAAAGCCGCAACAACCUGGCGCGGCAGAGCCAAUUUUAG